AUGACUUCAGUUUUCGUUUUUACGACUGAGGCUUUUCCAUCCCCGUCGGGAUGGCGUGGCGGCCCCGCUUGGCACGUAAACGGGGACGAGGCCAAGGCGUGGUACGGCUCUACUGGUGGCGAUCCGCACCGCACCCGUCAGUCGAAUGAUUCGACGGCGACAUCGUGCUAUGCCGCUUCUCCAAAUCAGAUAUCCAUGUUUCCUCUUGCCUCUGAGGACGUUCAGAGUACUGCGGCGGGCGAGUGGGGUCCUGAUUGGGAUAAGAUUCUAACAAAUCUCGCUGAUUACCCGGAUCUCACGGCAUACAUGUGUUAUGGGACUGAGGGAACAUAUACGGUAGAUUGGAACACAGCCCCUGUGUGCGAAAACUCAACCGCAACAGUCCAUGGAUACGUUAAACAAGGUGACAGCUCUACUUCCGUAGAGCUGUUUCAAGGGACCUCUGUCUCCUCCCAGACUACGGUUGAAAAGGCUACUCAGCUCGGUCAAAAGCUCCAGGUAUCCUACGAGAACAACGAGAUAUUCGCCGGAACAAAAAUUGUCGAAAAUUUUUAUUCCCUUUUCACCGAUACUACGGGUCACUCGCAUACUGACACGGAUGAUACUCGCACCACAGUAACUGAAACUGUCGCAUGCCCUGGCCCAGCCAACGUCUCAGUAGAUGUCAGCCUUCAAACUUGCAGGGUUCACGGCCAAUUCACCGUCCCGCUCACGUUGUCUGGCUGGGCGUGGUUUUUCUACACAACAAGAAGGCAAGGUCAUUAUGAAUGUUUGUAG